AAAAGAUGUUAUUUAUCUUAAACUCUUCAAGUUAUCGAUGCGAUAAAUCAUCUCAGUUGUUGCAACCAUGUCGCGAGUCCUAGACAUGUGGUCGGUGGUGUUGUUAAUAUCAUUAUGUGAUCUCAUCCAAGGAUUAUACCGAGUAGAUCCGCUCGUGGCUACAAACAAGGGUCUUAUCCGAGGUAUUCGCUCUGAGCAGGGUUAUGCUGAGUUUUUGGGAGUCCCUUAUGCAGUCGUGGAUAAAACUAAUCCUUUUGGGCCAUCACUGCCGCACCCAGGUUUUAAUGAUAUUUUCGAAGCAUACGAGUCAAAUGCAUGUCCUCAAGUAUCUAAUAAUCUAGCUAUUGGUACCAUUGAUUGCCUCACCCUGAAUAUCUACGUACCAAGUGCUGCUACUACUCAAAACCGCUUCCCAGUAAUGGUAUGGAUCCAUGGAGGUGCCUUUGUAACUGGUAGCGCUCAAGCUGAAGGAAAUCCUAGCUUUUUAUUGAAGAAUGACGUCAUUGUAGUGGUAAUUAAUUACAGACUAGGUGCUUACGGCUUCAUGUGCCUAGAUCUUCCAGAAGUCUCUGGUAAUCAAGGUCUUAAGGACCAAGUGCUGGCCUUGAGAUGGGUCAACGAAAACAUUGAAGCAUUUGGAGGUGACGCUUCACAAGUUACUGUAUUUGGUGAAAGUGCUGGUGGAAUGUCUGUGAACCUUCAUUUGUUAUCCUCGUAUGAGAAUUUGUUUCAAAAAGCUAUAAUCCAAAGUGGGCCCGCUUCAAGUCCGUGGUUAAUGGUGGAACCAAAUAAUACAGUACCAAUCAAAUUAGCAAAUUCUUUAGAUUUUGAAACCGACGAUACACUUGAAGCUCUACAAUACCUUGCAUCGAUAGAUGUUCAUACAUUGGUUAAAAAAGCUCAUGAUUUGCAAAUAACAAGCUCUACUGGAACUGAUAAUCCUGGCACUUUGCCUUGCAUAGAGAAGGAAAUCGAGGGCGUAAAAUCUUUUAUAACUGAUCAUCCAAUGAAUAUAAACUCUCCUAAGGUCCGCAAUACUCCUGUGAUUAUUGGGCACACAAGCAACGAACUACCUUUCCAAUAUGGAAAUGCUGAUGCAGAUUUUUUCGCAAACUAUGAUUUUGAUUUACUAUCCAAAGCUUUUGAUUUGGGGGACGAUUGGGAUGAUGCUGUAAAUGAUGUAAGACACUUUUAUAUUGGAGAUGAGCAACCCAAUGAGAAUGUAGCCGAUAAAAUAACAGAUUUUGCGUCAGAUUUCGUAUUUAAUCAUCCAACGCAAAGAAUGGCUGAAAGGCUUUUGGGCAUUGGUGCUAAAACAGUUUACCGAUACGUUUUCUCAUACAGUGGUGAUAGAAACUUUUUAAAAAUUUUAUAUAACUUGAAUGCUACCGGAGCUGUCCAUGGUGAUGAAAUUGGAUAUUUGUUUGAUAAUGUUGAAUGGUUUGGAGAACAAAUAACAGCUGAAGAUCAGCUUAUGAUUGACAGGAUAACAACGCUUUGGACUAACUUUGCCAAAUAUGGGGAUCCAACACCGGCAACGUCGGAGCUACUACCAGUAAAAUGGCAGCCCAUCACGAAGACCAACCAGCCUUACCUGAACUUGGAUUCAGACCUUACUCUUGCAUCCAGACCGUUCCACGACAGGAUGGCGUUUUGGGACCUUUUCUAUAAACUAUACAGAAACCAACAAAAAUGUAAUGUUUCUGGAUAAUGAGGAACCUGAAAGAUAUUUAAAAUUGGUUGUAGAAUUUGAGAGCAAUAAAACUUUAAUUUCUGCUUAAAUAACUGUACAUUCAAAUAAUAUUAAUUUGUGUUUAUCGUGGAAUAUGCUUGAUCACCAUAUUCCACGAUAAACACAUAAAUUAUGUUUUCUUUUAUUUUACUAACAUAAUAUUUACUGUCACAGAUUAAGGGUUUUUACGAGAUAGGGCGGCAAAUGGAAUGCGAAACUUAACGCAAUCAUACAAACGUACCUCUGAUUUCCGUGGAGCCGUGAUAUCACUCCGAUGGUAGCUCUUCGGAUGAUGAUGGUCAUAAAUAAAAUAACCUGACAUUAAAUCAUUGUAAGCGUGGGAGGGCCAUGCUUCGGUAUGACUGGGUCGGCUCGAACGGAGUAAUAACGCGGCCCCACAGAAACCCGAUCUGUAACAAAACGUCGUGUUUCGCCAUAUGAGUAAGGUUACCGGACGCCCAAUCCUUUCCCUCCUCCAAUCCCUAAAUCCCCAAAUGGGUGUCCAUGGGCGGCGUUGAUUUUUUACAAACAGGUAAUCAGUUUGUUC